AUGGCGUCGACGGUGUGUGUGUCUAGGUGCCGACUUUUAGCUAAAUUAGAAAUAAAUCGUGGUUUGUGUUUAUCACCAAUAUUACGAGAUUUGUCAAAUAACAGGGAAUCGUGGUGUCGAAGAUGGCGGCCAACGCGUCGUUCGUUUUUCACAGGCGUAUGUUUGCAUGGAUCCAAAACAGCACCUACAAAACUGGAUCCCGAAAAAUCUGACGAAGUGUCAGUGACGUACCGGCGUGGUCUACCGGUGAUAACGGUGCCGUUGCCGUCACGUCGCGAACGCUGUCGGUUCACACUUCGUCCUGUCUCGCAGACCGUCGGUGACCUUCUCGAACAGGUGAAGGCGGAAGAUCGCGGCGUGGAGCGUGCGGUCGCGCUUGCAGCGGACGAACGAGUUCGCAUCGCGGCCAGCGACACGGUCGAGUCGUUAUUGGAAAAUGACUUCCGACUGCUCAUAAAUGACACCGAGUACUACGUUAAAAGUCCACCUCAGGAGCGCCUAAGUACUGAAGAGAUCACCAGAUUGAGCGACGUACGUAACCUCGUCAAUCAAUUGUAUGAAGCGCUGAAUGUGCGUGAACACCAGAUUCGUAAGGAAAGAGAACUCAGAUCGCAGCUCGAAAAAUUAUCUGCUGAACUACAGCCGCUUGAAGAGAAACGUAUGUCUCUUGAAAUGGAGACAACUCGUCGGACAUCUGCUUUGACCUGGGUGGGUCUUGGUUUAAUGGGCGUGCAAUUUGGAGUUUUGGCGAGGCUUACCUGGUGGGAGUACUCUUGGGACAUAAUGGAACCUGUCACGUACUUCGUAACGUAUGGCACCGCUAUGGCUGCAUAUGCGUACUUUGUGCUUACUAAACAGGAAUACAUUUUGCCGGAUGUAAAAGAUAGACAGCACCUUAUUACUUUGCACAAGAAGGCGAAAAAGAUCGGACUUGAUAUUGGCCAGUAUAACAAUUUGAAGGAUGAGAUGGAUAAGCUACAAAAGGACCUGGCGCGUCUCCGUGAUCCCUUGCAUAUCCACUUGCCUCCAUCAAACACAUACAAGAUCGAAGACAUUAAACGAUCACCUUUGACCAAAAUAAAGGACAUGCUAGAGGAGACGACCAAGAAGAUGAAAAUUACGUAAUACAUGUUGUUUUAAUUGUUGUAUGACCUUUUAGAUAGAGCUUGUUGAUUCUAUUUUGACCGGUGCAUUUUAAGUUCGAACGUUGAACUAUAUAGUACUUGGAUUAGCACAGAACUCUGAACUAUGUCGUUCCUAUUAAGACUGGCUUUUGUAACAUUUAAUUAAAUAUAAUUUACAAAUUUAUAACACACGCCUCAACUUUGCAUGGAUAUUAUGAAAUACCUUUUAUAUAAUAAUUUCAAAAUAUAACUGAAAGUGUUAAGAGAUGUGUCAUCGUCGUUUUAAAUAGUCAGUAUUGUUUUAUUUUUUAAAUAUAUAUUUUUAAACGGAAAUAAUAAUCGUUAUAAGUUUACAAAGCGGGAAAUAUUAACAAUAAAAGUAAGUCCUAACAGCCGAAUAUCUAGUCACUUAGCAUAAAUAUACGCAAUUCUUAGUUCAAUCCAAAUAACAUCUGAGAAUAUUUUACUGAUCCUGACUUUGAAGUAACAGAACUGUUUUAGUCUCUACUAAAUCGGAGUCCAGUGCUAAUCCUGUGUAAAUAGAAAGUAAUAGAAUGUUAUUUACAUAAAAUGAAGAACUAGCACAAUUUGAAAAAAACAUCAAAUAUCAAGACUUAACAAUUUAUAGUACAUAUAGUUCAAUAGGAGAGAUAUUUAAGGUACCUUUUGCUGUAAUUGUUAUGAAAGUCUUUAGGAGGUAAUGUUAUAACUAAUAACGGUUUAUCCUUAAAUUGUUUGCAAUUCAAAUAUUUAUUUAUGUUAGUAAAUUUGACGUUCAAGCAGAUUUAGAUCUUAUUUUAAAUAUCUUUUUGAAACACAAUUCAAUCGUUUAACUUAUUCACCAUAUAUAUUAAGAAAGGUU